AUUUCCUUCGACAAACAGUAUUUUUUUCUGCUUUUGAAGAAUGAAUCAGUCGCAAUUUUUGUGAUUUGCUAAAAUUCAGGACUAUUAUUUGUGAAAUUAUUGUAUUGACCUGUUUUUCUUCUAAUUUAAUUACAGAUUGGGUUAAAAGUUACGUAACUAUACAGUAUUCCAUGAAUAUGUUAAAGGACAUCUAAAGCUUUCAAUAAAUCUCUGAAAGCGCCAAUGUGAUGUGUGCAACCUGCUCUAAGACCUCAUAAAACCUCAUUAUUCUGGAGUUGGGGAUGCAGUGAGUGUCGCCAGCUGCAGCAUGUGGCCGGUGGUGGCCGUUGGUGCCGCCGCACUCUUGUCAUUUGUACAUGGCAACAUUAUUGUGUACUCGGAGGAUGCUCGACAGAUAGCAGAUGAGUUCCGGGACCUGCCGGCCAGCUUCGGCGCGGACCUGCCGAUUGAGGGCCUCCGCGGGUUCCUCGCCGCCGGGGCGCCGGCCGACGGCUGCGGGCCGCUCGAGAAACCGCCCGUGGUCGAGAACUUCACCAAUAAGUGGAUCGUGCUGCUGGCUAGAUACAAUUGCACGUUCGAGGUGAAGGUGCGUAACGCGCAGGCGGCCGGGUACGACUGCGCCAUCGUACACAAUGUCAACGCCAGUGAUCUAGAGACGAUGUCGGCGAAGGACCCGGACGGCAUAGUCAUCCCGUCGGUGUUCGUGAGCGACCUGGCCGGCCUCAUCCUGCGCCAGGAGUACGUCUACAGCGCCACCAAUGCGUACUACAUAAUGGUGAACGGCGACCUUCCUUUCAACAUCAACACUCACUUACUGCUGCCCUUCGCGAUCGUGGUGGCGCUGUGUCUCCUCGUCAUGAUCAUCUUCAUGAUAGUGAAGUGCAUAAAGGACCGCCGCCGCGCGCGCCGCCACCGCCUGCCCAACCGCGCUCUCAAGAAGAUCCCCACGUGCAAGUUCAGCAAGGGCGACCCGUACGACACGUGCGCCAUCUGCCUCGACGACUACGUGGAGGGCGAGCGGCUGCGGGUGCUGCCUUGUGCUCAUGCGUACCACGCGAAGUGCAUCGAUCCGUGGCUGACGCAGAACCGACGCGUGUGCCCCGUGUGCAAGCGGCGCGUGUUCGCGGCGGGCGAGCGUGCUCAUCAUAGUGAUGAUAGUGACUCGAGCCGCGAACCGCUACUGGCUAGUCGAGAGCCGGCGCGGCCGAGAGGCGAGCCUGUCGUGGCUACACAGGGCGGCACUUUCGAGCAACAGAGCGAGAACCCGUUUGUGAGAGCGGCGCGCUUCAUGACGCGCCUGCGGGGGCGUCCCACGCCCGUGGAUGCUGACAGCCCGGAAUCGCCUCGCGAAGAGGACCACGAUCCAGCGGAGGGCGACAACAUUGAACAAGCUGGAUCCGGCGACACUCAGCCGCUGCUGCGGCCGGCGGUGGCGGCGGAGAGCGAGCGCCGGCGACAGCGGCGGCAGCGGCGCACGCGCUCCGCAGAAAUACGCACGCCUGCUGUUAGAACGCCCCGCACCUCACUGCUCCGCUCAGCGGAACACUCCAUCAACACAGAGUCUCGAGGGGAGAUCGGAGUGGCCGCCCUCCCCGCGCCCGCGCCGCCCGCCCCGCCGCCGCCCCACAUCGACUUAUGAAUACUGACCUGAGAAUACUGUUGAAAUAUUGAGAGUAACCCCUUCCGCUGCCUUCUUAGUUCAACUCGUUAACGCUAGAUGGCUCUGUGUGGAAUGUAGUAGUGUGGUUUCAGGAUGGAUGGUGGCUGAGUAAUGAUGGUAGUAUGGUAUCAGGCUAGUCGCACGUCUACGCUAGCUAUAUACAGAUUUAAAUCUUGAAUUCGAUGUUAUAAUGUAGCGGAGUUUGAAGUUGUAUUUCGGAGUAUGGUAUUGAUAUUGUUUGAAAGUUGGUGCGUUUCGCGGAUUGAUCCCUCCUAUUUACUUUAAUGCCUUUAUAGCCAAGCGUAAUUUGACAAUAUAAAAAAUAUACCAUCCUGAAUAGGAAUAACUUUAAAGUUGGAUUUUAACUUAUGUUAUUACCUACAAAGACGACCUUCUAACUUUAAUAAAUUACCAGUCGGUUCCCUAAAAAUAAGAAUAAGCAGAUUGUAUCUGACAGUGAAAUUUGUGGCCUUAUUUGGUCAAAAAUAUAAUGACUGCUCGGUGUUUGUGAUUCAAUUGCUGCAGACUUCAAACUAACCCAGAAUAAAUAGAUAUUGGGAUUUACCGGGUGCAAUUUUAUCAGUGAUACAAGCAAAGGCAAUCCAAGCUUUAGGAAAUAGACAUAUUCUGUUUGGUCAUAAAUACUUCCCCCCUUAUUCAUAGAAAAGUUACAGAGCGUUUUAGCUAAUGAACUGUUUUGUCCCUCUCAGUCAAAUUGUUCUUUCACAGAAAGGGACAAAACAGUUCAACAGCUAAGACGUUUUGUAACUUUUAUAUAAAUAGGGGGUUCGAUUUUAACGUGAUUUUUACCGGCAGUUUUUCUUAGUUUUUUGUUAUUGACUUCGGCUAGAUUACUAAUAAAAUUCUACUCUGUAUGUUAAUUAUAGGAAAAUUAUUAGUACUAAUAAAUUAUAAGUGAUAUGAUAACUUGAUAACAGAUAUGCUAAGUUAAUUUUAUAGGAUAUAAAACUAUUUAGUUAGAAGACUAUAACAUCUCUUCAACAUAGCUCACAUCUGAAUUUAUCGGUCAGAGUAUAAUAAAUAAGACACCAUGUAUGAUAUAAAUUUAGGUAUAAGCACAGGUGGGGUAAUAGGAACAACAGAAGGGCUAGUACAGGGCGCAUUUAAGACGUGUCAAUAGUUUUGCAUCGCGCUCACUCACACCGCGCAGCCUCAAGAGCGAGCGCGACGGGGAACUCUUGUCACGUCUUAAUAGCGCCCCGUGCUACAUGGCCAGGGGAAGAUAAACUAUAGAUCAACAUUAGACUACAUUGGUUAUGUAUGAUAUCUAUGUACUAUUUAGCCAAAGUUACUUAUACCUUACCUGAAGUGACGUGUAAAUACCAUUUUUGAUUUGUAUAAGCUUUGCAUCGUCUAGUCUAGUUUCCAAUUCGAAAAGUUUGUAUUGUUCCUACAAGUAAAAGUCAACCUAGAGAGAAUUAGAUUACAGUUGAGUAACUAAAAUUUCGGAUUUGCUUAUGCUAGUUUACAUUUUCACCAUACAUAUUAUUAUGAUGGUGAAAAUGGUGGAAAUGCAGUCUGAGAUGAAAAUAAAAAAAAACUAUUAUACGGAGCAACAACGUUUCACCUUAUGAUAACCUACAAAUCAAAAGUGGGAAGCUAUUUUUGUAUUUAUAACUUAAUAAGUGGUGGUUUUAAUUAAGACGAUGCCAUGAUAGAAUUUAUUACUUGUAUCUUUGUAUUACUCAUAUUCUAAUUGUUCAUAUAUUUCCCGGCACUAGAAAACAUUUAUACUUAUCCACCUAACUAACAUUUUGUGACUUGUUUAUUUCAUCCAUGUUUGUAGCAAACAUUAUUUCUGAUUGUAACAUUUAGCUUUGACCGUGUGAUUCCUAUGCAAUUUAUAAUAAUAAAUAGGUAUAACAUUUAGAUAAUUAAAUAAAAUUAAAGUUCAUAAUGACGCAAUAACGUAACCGUAAAAUACAUAAGGAUACAUAUUGAUAUUGUAAAGUCACACGCACAAAGCUAAUUACCAGUUCCAGAUUCAUAAAUUUCCAUGUAAAUAUAUAUCUAAGCUUUAUUUCAUCGUGAUAAAUCCAGAAUUUGAUGCGUGCCGAAGCAAAAUAUCCUGUGAAACGAUAUUGAAUCUUAUGUCCAUAGCUAUAGAGGUGUAUAGGGUGUUUUGCGUCGGGUCCGCUCACUGUGUUGAGGUCGUGUAAGGUCUUAGGAUAAAGCCAAAGAAUAAAUGCGUUCGACGCGAACAUAA